AUGGGCUCAUUUGCAGGUGGACAAAAUGCAUCCGAGAAGGGUACCUCUGAUCACGAGACUUCUGACAACGGGACUCCUGACGACGGGACUCCUGACGACGAGACUUCUGGUGAAGAGACUUCAGCCGAUGAGACUCCUGACGACGGGACUUCUGGUGAAGAGACUUCAGCCGAUGAGGCUUCUGGUGACGAGGCUCCAUCUGAAGUAACUCAUGGCGAGAUUCGAGAGAUCUCCCAACGGGAGCCACAGGUUCCAUUCAGCGAGAUUCUAUUCAGGAGCCCCACACGCGACGAGACUCUGCGAAACAUGGAAAGCUGA